AUGACUAUUGGCACUUCAAACCGAUUUCCUAUCGAGGAGAUUGACGACAACUCCUGGAUGAUUGGCCGCGUCGUCGUCUCUCGUUCUGCUUCCAAGCCAGAUGGCCCUUCUUGGAAUGAUGGCAAAGGCGCUUUCUUUACCAUCUCUGAGGCCAGGAAUCCAAAGCCCUCGACACGGCCUCUCUCGGAUUCUUGUCCCAUCGUCGAAAUCUCUUGUGGAUCCGCGACGUCAAAGAGGGGUAUAUUUGAGGUUGGUCACGCCUACCUGACAAUUCAUCAGAAUGUUGGAACUCCCGAACACGUCACUCUGGAGUGGCUGGCCGGAAAGGAUCUUUCAUUCCAAGUCCCCAAGGUCUACUAUCACGGAGUCCACAGUGAUCAUUAUUAUCUGGUCUAUGGCGCGAUUCCCUCUGGAAAAAAUCUCCUGUACGCCUGGCCCGAGAACAAGGACCAUGCGACCAUGUUGUCCAAAUGGUCUGGUAGCGCUAUCGCUGGGGUUUACGGUGGUCUCCUGGUUGAUCAGUACCUAUACAAAAAGAUCACGGAUCAUGCGAGCGUUCAUGAUCCUGAGAAUCUUCGCGAGACCUGUCAAGAAAUUUCGCUUGAUUGCUCUGAGCUCGUGUUUGCACUCAACAACGUCCAUCCGCUUGCUUUCACAGUCAAUGAGGAGGGCUUGGUGGGCAUCAGCUCCUGGCGCUAUGCUGGCUUUGUCCCGAAGGAUUGGGUUGGAACGAAGGUGUACUCCAACAGCUUCUUUGGUUCGAUCGACAUAUGUCGUGAAUCGUGGCCGAAAACCGACUUCGACAACUGGGGGCGUCUCAUCCAGGAGGCUUUCAAGAACCGAGGCUUCAAGGACGUGUGGGAUAACUAUUACAAGUGGAGUUCCGAUAGAGUUGAUCGGUUUGGGGAAAGGGCGAUCUAA